AUGGCGCUCAGACUGCAACGUGCUAAGCAUCGACAAUACUUUCUGAUUAGUACCACAAGCCACAUUGAUACCGAAGAAGAUGCCGAGCAUGGGAAUAGCGACCCCCCUGCUUCUGAACACCUAGCCAUAGACUGGCAAAAGCUCGUCUUGAUCUUCUUAGCCUUGACAGCAAUCACCUUCACGCUCUCACGGCGUCUAUUGCUCCUCCCUGAGCAGAGCGUGCGAGUUUCAACUGCCUGCGUCGAAACCGCCAUACGUCAAGAGUGGCGGGCCCUAAUCCCGACUGAGCGAGACGACUUCGUUCGGUCUGUCAACUGCCUGAGCAACACCCCUUCUCGGUGGACUCAUAACGGCAGUGUCAGCGAUGAUUUUGCUUAUCUUCAUGCAAGUAUCGGCUCAUGGUCGGUUGAGCGCCAUCUAACUUCUCUGAUAGGCCAUCGCUCGGCAGCAUUUCUACCAUGGCAUCGUUGGACACUACAUCAGUGGGAGAAGAUGAUGCGCCAGUAUUGUGGCUUUUCAGGUCAUGUUCCUUACUGGGACUGGACACUAGACUGGAUUGAUCUCGCAAACUCAUCCAUUUGGGAUCCAGACAGCGGCUUUGGCAGUAACGGUAUUCGCGGCGGGAGAGCCAGCGUUGGUAACGGCACAUGCGUCGAGGACGGACCUUUUGCCGACCUCCGGCCCAUCAUGUACAACCACACAUACAUAACGCACUGUCUAUCACGGGGCUUUACUAACAACGGGACAUCGGGUGGAAUAGCAGGCCAUUGGUACAACCCUGAGGCUAUAGGUCGAAUCAUGCGGCACGAAAGCUACAAGGAUUUCGUCAGGGAGCUGGAAUCCCGCUUGCAUAACACUGUCCACCCAAGAAUGGGAGGCGAUUUUCUGGCCUUGACCGCUGCAAACGAUCCGCUAUGUUUCCUCCAUCAUGCACAGCUUGACCACAUUUGGUGGCGAUGGCAACAGCAGAAGCCGACUGUGAGACUAAUGGCCUAUGAGGGUCGACACAUGUUCAAUUCAACGGACGAGAAUGCUAGUCUGCAAGAUAUGCUCCUGUUCGGGGGGUUCGUCGAGGAUGUGCCCGUUUGGAGGGCAAUGGAUUCACAUAGUGAAGAGCUCUGCUACACUUAUUGA